AUGGGUACAAGCUUCCCGGGUUAUUCGCUAAUUGCUUUGCAGCAAACCACGUCCAUUGCGUGGGUAGCCCAGUCUGUAACUGGCUAUGCAGAUGACUUCCAUGCUUCUGAUAUAGUCACCACGUAUGCUGACCUUGUCAGAGCAGAGCAUCGUAUCGGCUCACUGCUGGAUGUUCUAGCUGAUGCUCAGAUGCGCAUCAACUCCAAGAAAUCAGCGAUGCUGCUUCGGGUCUGUGGCCGAUUCGCUAAGCGCUGGCUGCAACAGCACAGACUCGUCAAAGAGGGCUGCCAACCUAGCCUGGCAGACUGGCAGAGGCUACGGAAGAUCUUGUGCUCUCGUGCCCAACUGGAUGUCCACAAGCGCAUUGCCACAUGGAAGGCCACCGUGAGCCCUACCAUGGUAUAUGGACUGGCUGCCACGGCUCCGGGACUUAAAGACUUGCAGAGAAUCCAGCAUCAGCUCACCAAGCACCUUCGAGCCAUUACCCAUCUCUAUGCUCAUCUUAGCAAGGUCUCUACUUCCGACCGUCACCAGAGAUUCGGCAUCGCGACGAUACUCGACAUCCUGCACAAAGAGGCUGAACAAUGGCAAAUCCAGCUGACUGGAGACGACGUCCUGCUGUUGCCUCCUCCUCAGGUACUGCAACCCAUGUGCCUGCCUCCUCUGCAACCAGCUCCCCUCUGCACGCUGCAGCAACGCAAAUGGGUGGAGCUGGCCAGUGACAAUGCGAUCCAGCAGAUCGUCAUUACUUUCAGUGUCCGGUUCUUAGUAUCUGUGCCUACCUUCAAGCUUGGUAUGACCAACUUCACCCUGUACUACAUGGAUCUGGACGAGGAAGAGGCCAAAUUUUUCGGAGCCCUUCUCGACGAGACAGAUGACCAAGGGCAAAGGCAAAAAUGGGAAACGGCAACUCGUUGGGACUAUGCAGGUGGUUCCGAGCAGUGGGAAACUCCGUGGUCGACCGAAGCGAUCCAGCCCUACUACAAGGACGACCGAACUCAGGAUCCCUACCAGCUGCACAUGUGGAACCUCACCAAGCUGGUCCUCCAACAGGAGCAAACCCUAGCCUCCCUUCGCCAGGAUGUCACCCUCUACCUCUUUGUCAAGACGGGACAGGGCAGCAUAGUGUCACUUCUGCAUCAAACCGCCGAGAAGUGGAGGCAAGCGAAGGAUACAUCGGAAAUGGAAAAAGCCAAGAAGCUCAAUUGGGUGGACGAACGUGGGCAUUGGAGAGUGUUGAAGUGGGAUCUGCAACGUCAGGAACUUCAGGUGGACGAAAGCAAGAUUACAGUCUCCACCGAGGACCUUCUCAAGCAGACAGUGGAGAUGCGGAAGGGAGUCACCGAGGAGGCGUUACACAGAUUUCGGAGCUACAAGAAGAUGACGGAUCAGCCGGUUACCGAGUGGAUGCAGUUUCGAAUGGAGAUCUCUCUACGACCCCUUGGAGAUCCCGUCUGGAACACACUGCAGACAUGGGUGGGACAGGCAGCAUGGCACCUCCUGGGCUGCCGACUUCGUCGAGAAAGACCUCAGUACAACGGCCUAGUCGAGCAGGUGAGACAGGGGAUGUGA